AUGCUCUUUUCCACCCUCAUCGCCUCCGCCAUCGCCUUCGGCAUGGUCUCCGCUGCCCCCACACCCGCGACGCCUGCCAACACCCGUUAUGCCCAGCUGCGUCUAUUCGGUGCCCCGGGCUGCUUGGAGCAGAACCAAGGCGAACUGGGUGUUUACGGUGAUUAUGUCAAUACCUGCAACCCGUUCGACUACGACUUCACCGUGAAGUCCGUCAGCUUCGAAUAUGCUAUCAACAACUGCACCGUGCAAGUAUUCAGCGAUUCCUCCUGCCAGACCGGCGCCAUUGAUAUCGCCCUCGAUAGCUGCUCAGCUGGCGACAAUGUGUACGGCAGCUACGAGGUGCACUGUGCUCACCUCUGA